AUGCAGGGCGGCAGCUCGGAGCUGCUGCUGGGCGCCCAGGAGGAGCUGCGGAGACGCAGGCUGCUGGAGCUGGCGCGCCCCAAGGCGCCGCCUGUCCGCCGCACCUGGCGGCAGCGCGCCUGGUUCUACACCACCUCCUCGCUGGCCAUGCUGGCGGCCACCGCCGGCGCCUCGCUGCUCUUCCUCGUGCCGCUCUACGUGGACCCGGCCAUCUCCACGCUCGCCUCCGACUUCUCGCCCGAGCCCGUCAGCUGCGUCACCUCGCGCCGCCACGACCUCUCCGGCAUCUUCAACUGCACGUGGAGCUCCUGCCGCGAGGGCUGCACCAGCGACAUGUACCGCUGCACGCACGUGUUCGUCGCCUACAACGCCAGCGACGGCUCGCGCCAGGAGGCCGUGCUGCUGGUCAACAUCAAGGGCUGCGGCUACCCGCCGCUCGUCGACUGCCGCAACUUCAGCGAGGCGUACGGCCGGCCGGGCACCGAGUUCCCCUGCCACUACUCGCGCCAGAACAGGUCGGUGGCCAUGGCGCGCUACCGCCGCGACGAGCACGUGGCCGCCAUCACGCACUUCUUCGGCGUGCCCUUCGUGCUGACGCUGGCCACGUCCGUGGCGCUGUGCGUGCUGCGCUGCGACUGUCGCUGCUCGGAGCGGCGGCCCGGCCGGCGGCGGCGCAGGCGGGGCGCCGUCGAGGACGCCAGGUCAGUACCUGCCGCGCGGCUCUGCCGGUACCUGGUGCCAGGUACCAGGUAUCUGGGGCCUGUGUGCUACCAGGAGCCUGUGUGCUACCAGGAGCUUGUGUACUAG